AUGUGCAGCUUGGUCUCGUUCUCUCAACUGCAAAAGCAGAUCAUCGACCUCGCCACGACCCAUUUCGUGCACCUACCUGUUCGUCCACCGCCGGAAGACCUGGCCCAGGUACCAUCGAAUCUGCCAUCCUUCCUUGGAGACACAAUCGCAUCGAGACAGGUACGAUCUGCUUACAUAGCGCAUACUGUCUCGAAAUUGAUCACGUACCGUGUCUUCGGCCCCUUCUUGUUCAGCCUUGGUCGUCGCUACGACAAGGCGGAUUCGCUAUUUCUCUCCAUGAGCCACCACAUCCGCGACAAGAGCACGCGUAAAGAAGCGAUCUGGCGCCAACAGACCUUACUUGCAGCCUUCACCAGCAGCGGUGCCAAGCAGCGCAUCAACACAGCUGCAGGCACCGUUGUUGAAGAAAUCGUGAGCGCGAUCAAGCACUUCGCCGAUCCCAGAGAAGAAGAAGGCAUCAAGAUCGCCGUGAAAAGGAUUGUGAAGCUUGCGGCUGAGACCUGGCGAUUUGCACGCCUCGAGCGCGAGAUGAUCAACGCCACAAUGCCUUUCACUGGACCAGAAUUCUGGCCCUCUUAUGACCCCUACAAACCCGAAGGGACGCUCAUAGGUUCGCUAGUCGACCACCCAGCAUCAGCUGACGAAAAGCCUCAACUCCUCUUGAGGCUGUUCCCAGUCAUCUGGCGCGAGCAGAAACACGAAAAUUUCCACGCCAACGGCGAGAAGCCCGAUGAAGGAUGCAUAUUCCAUCACGGGCUAGCCCUAUAUGAGGAUGCUGAGCCCGUCGCUCAAAGAAUGGAAGAACUUAAAUCUGCUGGUUUGCCCUCCUAUACCACUACUGCGUCUCCGACGAUUGCUGAAAAUGGCAAGUUUCCCCCACCUAUCGUCCCGCCGCCUCGAGAGACUCCUCCGAAUCCCCCAGCAAUGGCUGAAAAAAGCGAUCGAUCCACCACGCGAACCGCGCCUCCCUCACCUACCGAGUACCUUGAGAAGUCUGAGGAAAGACAAAAGACACCUCCACCUCCACCGUCAUCAAUACCAUCAUUUGACGAGGCACCGCCCUCAACAUUUGUGAAGGCUUAUCAGCGUCCUCCCCCGGGACCGAUUGACUUCGCGUCACCUAGAGACCUGAUCGGGCUUCCGCCGCCAGUAGAGAGUGUCUUCACUUCUCACUCUGCGACGCCAAAGAAGACAUCCGUGGCGCCACGUGCACCUACGAGUGUGGAAUCAACAUCCACGAGAUCUGUACCUCGUGAGUCGAGUAUGGCUUCACCUCCACCACCUUCUGUGCCACCACCACCACCACCGGUGCCUGAUCGCAUGAGAGAGCCUCGUCAAACAACCUCCGUAGAAAGUGCUAUUCUUCCCGACUCGUUUCCCGAGCCAUCGCCGAGCGACAAACCGCCGACACCACCACAUUCUCGAUCUGGCACACCUGAAGAGCGACCGAUUUCACCGCUCUUUGAAGCCGUCGACGAAAUUGAGUCGUUGCACAGUCAUCAGUCUCGCCCGUCAUCGAAGUCUUUGUCCCGUCGCCGAUCCACCCACAGCCGUCGCUCGAAAGAGUCAAAGGAUUUGAAGGAUGAAAUGCCUAACGUCGAACCUGCGACUGACCGUCAUGAGACCAGUCGUCGCACAAGUGGCUAUGCUCUUAGUACCAAAAGCGCUAAGACCGUUGACAGUGAGCGUACCGACCGUACUUCGCGCAGCGAGAAGACGAACAAGACGGACAAGAGCGAGCGUGAUGCCAAGAGUCGCUACAUGUGUGAAAGCCGUAGCGCAGCGAUCAAGGCCCUCUAUCCGGACAGUCCACUGGCAGGCCAGAGCGGCAGCGGAAGCACCAAAGGCUCAGUCUCGAGCUCGAAGAAGAAAGACCGUGACUCGAAAGAGUUGAAGCAUAAGAAGAGUAUUGCCGAUCACACGACCUUUAUCUCCGAGAACACCUGGGACACGACUUCGGAAGUGACCCACAACGAAACAGCCAGCCCCAAGAAGAAAGACCGCAACUCGAAAGAGCUGAGGCGUAAGAAGAGUAUCGCGGAUAAUACAACCUUUGUUUCCGUGGGCACUUGGGACACCAACACCGAAAUAACCAGCAAGGAAGUCCCAAGCCCUAAGAAGAGAGAGCCGAACACGAAGGAGUUGAGGCGCAAGAGGAGCAUCGCCGAUAACACGACAUUCGUCUCUGUUGGUACAUGGGAUACCAAUUCAGAAGUGACGAGUUUGGCGGCAGAGAGAAAUACCCACAUAUCUACUUCUUGA